AUGACUCAACCAACUCGGUGUUCCAAGCGUCUCUCCAAAUCCACCAAAAAAGAUCCCAAAUUUCUCUAUCCUGACCUUCAAUGUCAGUUAAAAGACUGGCAUUUCCUGGCCAAAGAGCCAGAAAACAACUCCACAUUCAAGGAUGCAGCAUUGUCAGCUCGGGGUUUAAAAGAUCCCUCAACUGCCUCAGUAACCAGAUCUUCUUUGCAGCGGCAACAAGAUCAUGUCACAAGGGACCUUUCCCAAGACCUCAAAUUGGUGCCACUUCAAAAAGAAAAGCUCUCACUUGAGUUGAGGUCUUGCAUUUGCGGCACUCCUCCAAUUCUUCUCAAGAAGGCGCGGAGUAAUCUCCUUCCACCACCACCAAUCCAAGGAAAAAAGGGCACAAUUGAUUGGCCACAUGAACUACCACUACACACAAUGCUUCUACAUUAGAGUACAACAAACUAGAUCUCCUGGACUUUGUCACCAGCUUCUUGUCUAUGAUUAAGCCUUACAAAACGCACAAGAAGAAUGCUAUGCUUGACUAUUUAGAAUUACUCAUGUUGAAGCCUUCCAGUUAUUCAGGGCCUAGUGUUCGAGAUUUUCUUUUGCAUCCAGCCAAGCAAAUCGAGUUACGUCGCCUGGAAUGGACAAGCAGUCCGGAGAUUCGCAACAAAGCAGUAAUGUUUUUCAAGCUUUCCGAUCUGAAAUUGAGCCAAACCAAAACCAGCUCUGGAGCAACCUCAGCGAACUUCCAAUCUUUCUACUUCCAACCUCGCUCGCCAUCAACAACCAAGCCUGACAUGGAAAAGGACUGUCGCCUAUGGAACUUAGACUACGAUUCCUGUUCAUGCCACAAAUCGAAUUCUCAUGCCUUCAAUGCCCAUCACAAAUGCCGCAUGUGUACUAAGGAGCACCCUAUGCUGCAUUGCCCAAAGAGGAGAAAUCCAAUCCCUCCUUCAAACACAACAUCUAUGUGACUACUAUGCGAGUCACUCGAAUUGGAACAGCCUACUUUCCUUUUGACCAAGGACUCGCACAAUGAUACAUGCACCUCAUACAUCUUCAAAUCUAAAACAGUCUAUGUCAGUUACCUCCAUCAUUCAACAUAUUUUAGCCUCUCAGCAGGAUCUGCUUGACGUUUUUGGCGCAAAAAUUCCAGUUCAUACAUCUCUGAACAUUGGGACGUGGGACACUUGACUAAAAGACUAUCUCGAUCGCCACAUCAUCAGCUGAUUAAUUACACAGCGGACACUUUACCCGCAUCAUCCUUAUUCAAUCAUCCUUCAGCUAUCACUUUUCCUGAUCACAUUGAUCAUUUCAUUUCAAUAAAUUGAAUUAGCACACGGCGCUCUGGCCGGGCCAAAUGUUCAUAAUCCACUUCAUCAACUGCUAACUUGUUCGCCACUACAGACUGCUCUGAAACAGGGCUCUUCUAAAUGUCGUGUUGUCAUUGAUCUAAGUUUCCCACCGGAUCAUUCGGUGUACAGUGGCAUCCCCAAUAAUUCUUAUUUGGAUGACACGUAUAAGCUUUGCCUUCCAGGCAUUGAUCGCUUAUGUGAGUUUAUGUUACAACACAGCAGAGAUUGCCUGUUGUACAAACUUGAUCUUCAAUGCACGUACAGACAGCUCCAGAUCAGCACCCAAGGAUUGUCAUCUCCUCAGAUUUCGCAACAAGCUUGCUUUAUUUUGACACUCGCUACCCUUUUGGAUUAAAAACCUUUGCUAUGAUUUGUCAGCCAACGACCAAGGCUGUCAUUUAUUCUUUCACUCAGUCAAGCAUCACAGCAGAUGUUUAUCUCAAUGAUUUUUACGGAGCAGAUUCUCCUGAGCAGGCACCUUUAGCCUUUGAUAGCUUAAAAGCUUUGUCAGCAGGUCUCGGUUUUCAAUCGGCAUCAGAGAAAGACAGUCCUCCAUCAACAUGUAUGGUUUGUCUUGGUGUUGAGGUGGAUUCC